ACUGACGACCUCAUGAUGAUGAUGACAAAGAUAAGGACAAGGCAUUCGCUACAUUGCACAACUCUCUCACUCAUUGUGGGUCUGUCCGUCAUAAUGUCGCUAAAAUUUCUCAUCGUUAGUGCUAUAAUAGCUUUUUUAAUAUCAAGUGAUAAUUUUGUAAAAAUGGCAAACAGCGAUAUUGAAUCGACGCACAGAGCGUGGGUGAUGGAUUCAUAUGGGCAAAUAAAGGAUUUAAAACUAAAGUCAAUUAGUAUCCCAGUGAUAAGAGAUGGCAACGAAGUUCUUGUUAAAGUUAGCGCAGCCUCAGUUAACCCAAUCGAUAACUUAAUGAUAAGUAAGACUGUUUUUCUUUUCUUUUGCAUAAAGUACGAAAUCUUAUUCCAAUAUAAUUACUGCCAUACCUCAAAAAAUACAUUUCAGAUUUUAAAAAUACCUGACCAUUUAACAUUUACUGAAGCAGCUUCUAUACUCUACACUGCUAUGACAGCCUGGUCGGCUUUAUAUCCUUCUGGCAAAUUUCAUAAUUUAAAAUAUCCGGAUACUAAAGUUUUGAUUCUUGGUGCGUCUGGUGGAGUUGGAACCCAGGCUGUUCAAAUAGUCAAAUCAGAAGGUGCAACGGUCGUUGGAACAUGUUCCGCUGAUGCAGUUCCUUUAGUUCGUUCCUUAGGAGCCGAUUAUGUAUUUAAUUAUCGGGAUGAAAAUUACGCACGAGAUGUGGCUAAUGUUGGAAAAUAUGAUGUUAUACUAGAUUGUGCUAAUUAUGGGGUUGACAAACUACCGGAUCUGUGGAAAUAUGCCAUUUACAUCGGUCUUGAUCCCCCUGUAGCAAAUUACACAGAUUGGUAUGGUACAAUUCCUGGUCUUAUUUUAAGUGUCGGUAGCUAUGUUAGAACAAACCUAUCAUCUUGGAUGAAAGGUCAUUCCGUACAAUGGGGAUUUUUUAGCCCAAAUCCUCAAGGCUUAACUUAUAUCAACAAAUUAGUAGAGCAAAGGAAGAUUAAACCUAUAGUUCAAAAAACUUUUGAAUUCAUAGAAUUACCAAAGGCAAUGGAAGCUCUUGCAGGUGGGCAUCUUAGGGGUAAGAUAGUGGUAGAGUACCCUUGAAAAGCGUUCUUCGGUUUACAAAAUGCUCAUUACAUUAUAUUUACUCAAUAAUUGUUAUAUUUCUUUACGUCGUGUAUGUUUAUUGCAUUUUUUUUAAUAUUCCAUCUGUUUGUCAUGCUGGUAUCGUUUAAAAAAUUAUAUAUCUAUUUUUCUAUAGA